UCCGCCGGCACACGCCGCCCCUGGCAGGGGGCCGAGCGCGCGCGAGGAGCCGCUGCCGCCGCUCGGGGUCGCCUGCAGCCCCAGAUUCCCGAGUGCUCGGCUGGCAUGGCAGCUACCUCGGUGCCGAGCCCCGCGGCCAGCUAGGGGCGGCCCCCCUCCCGCCCCCCGGCCCAGUCCGUCGGAUCCCGUUUGACUCUGCGCCCCGGGGACACGUCGCCUCCCAGCCGGAGGUGUCUACACGUCUGGCCGUUCAUCCGUCCGUCCCUCCUGAGGCCGGAACUGACCAUGCCCAGCGGCUGCCGCUGCCUAAAUCUCGUGUGCCUGCUGUGCAUCCUGGGGGCAACCAGCCAGCCUGCCAGAGCGGAUGACUGCAGCUCCCACUGUGACCUGGCCCACGGCUGCUGCGCUCCUGACGGCUCUUGCAGGUGUGACCCAGGCUGGGAGGGGCUGCACUGUGAGCGCUGUGUGAGGAUGCCUGGCUGCCAGCACGGUACCUGCCACCAGCCCUGGCAGUGCAUCUGCCAUAGUGGCUGGGCAGGAAAGUUCUGUGACAAAGAUGAGCACAUCUGUACCUCACAAUCACCCUGCCAGAAUGGAGGCCAGUGUGUGUAUGACGGGGGUGGUGAGUACCACUGUGUGUGCCUGCCAGGCUUCCAUGGACGUGGCUGUGAGCGCAAGGCUGGACCUUGUGAGCAGGCAGGCUUCCCGUGCCGGAAUGGAGGGCAGUGCCAGGACAACCAGGGUUUUGCCCUCAACUUCACAUGCCGCUGCUUGGCAGGAUUCAUGGGUGCCCACUGUGAAGUCAAUGUGGAUGACUGUCUGAUGCGGCCUUGCGCCAAUGGUGCCACAUGCAUUGAUGGCAUAAACCGCUUUUCCUGCCUCUGUCCUGAGGGCUUCGCUGGACGCUUCUGCACCAUCAACCUGGAUGACUGUGCCAGCCACCCAUGCCAGAGAGGGGCCCGCUGCAGGGACCGUGUCCAUGACUUUGACUGCCUGUGCCCCAGUGGCUAUGGUGGUAAGACUUGUGAGCUUGUCCUACCUGCUCCAGAGCCUGCCUCAGUGGGCACCCCUCAAAUGCCCACCUCAGCUGUAGUUGUACCUGCUACGGGGCCAGCCCCUCACAGUGCGGGGGCGGGCCUGCUAAGGAUCUCAGUGAAGGAGGUGGUACGGAGGCAAGAGGCUGGGCUUGGUGAGUCUAGCCUGGUUGCCCUGGUGGUGUUUGGGUCUCUCACUGCUGCACUGGUCCUGGCCACGGUGCUGCUGACCCUGAGGGCAUGGCGCCGAGGUAUAUGCCCCGCUGGACCCUGCUGCUACCCAGCCCCACACUACGCCCCGGCUCGGCAGGAUCAGGAGUGCCAGGUUAGCAUGCUGCCAGCGGGGUUCCCUCUGUCCCCAGACCUGCCCCCUGAGCCUGGUAAGACCACAGCGCUGUGAUGGGAGGGGCCUUUCUAGCCACCUUCCUGCCCUCCUUCACACCUCAGACUGUCACCAGCCCUCAGCUCUGGUACACCCAUCCAGGGGAUUUCUGCCUCACACCAGAAAUAGUAUUUUUUUAAAACACAGAAUGUAAGAUAGGAAUUUUAUCAAAUAAAAUUAUGAAAAUGCAA